AUGGAUAACCCCGCCGGUGGUGCCGGCGAUGGAGGACAACCUCCUCGCCAGGUUGUCGGUCCUCAUGGCCCGCACCGCGGCUCGCGUCGCGAGCGCCGCGCAAACGCCCGCGCUGCCGCCGCCGCCGCUGUCCCCGGCCGUGGUGGCAUUGCCCGUGGUGCCCCUCAUGGUGGCCCACGUGGUGGUGCCCGCGGCCGGGGUGUUUCCAACGCCCCCCGCGGUCCCCGCGCUGGUCAGCAUAAGCCACCAGUGCCCGCCCCGGGCCCUUCCGACCUCGCUGCCGUGAUGGCCCGCGCCCGCUCGGAUAUCCGGGCAGAGGUGGAGAACCUCUCGCCUUCGGCUUGGGCGCGCAUCGAUGCGCGCCUUGGGCUCCUUGAAGUGGAGCUGGCGGCUCUUCACCGCCCCCAGUGA